GUCGUUGGACGCUCCGCCACCGUGGCAAGCUCCCACGUGGGCCUGCGCCGGCCGUCCAACCAGUUCUCGUCCGACCGGGCCCGCAGAGGCUCUGUCUGCCUGUCUGCAUGCGGCGCUGCGCUGCCGCCAACCUCCGCCUCCGCUCCCUGCAAGGCCGCCACCUCAGCUCGCGCUCUUCCACGUCGCCCGCCGUCGUCUUCCUGGUCGCCGGCGAGGCGUCGGGCGACGUCAUAGGCGGUCGCCUGAUGCGGGCACUGCGCAACGAGUACGGUGGCGCCAUCCACUUUGAGGGUGUCGGAGGCGACUCGAUGCGAGCCGAAGGGCUAGCCUCCUCCCUCUUCCCCAUGUCGGAGCUCAGCGUCGCCGGCUUUGCCGAGGUGCUCCCGUCGCUACCACGCAUCGCUGCCCGGCUCCUGCAGACACAGCGCGCAGUCCGGCGUGCGCAGCCGCACGUCGUCGUCGGGAUCGACUCAAAGGGCUUCAACCUCCGCCUGCUCCGCUCGCUCGCACAUCGCCGCGCCGCCGCCGGCCGCAACGGCAUCCCAGCGGCGCCUGUCCUCGUCCAGUACGUCGGCCCGUCGGCGUGGGCCUUCGGCGACGCAGACGCGCGGGCGGCGCGGCUGCGCGGAGGCGUGGAUGAGCUCCUCGUGCUGCUGCCAUUCGAGGAGGCGGCCGCAGCAGCGUUCGCCCGCCCCGCCCCGCAGCCCCGGCCCUCCUCCCCGCCCUCGCGCGCCAGCUUCCACCGGAGCACUCGCUGCCCACGGCCCCGCGCCUUGCCCCACCCCGAGGCGCUCUUUCGGCGCGCCGGAGUGCCCGCCACUUUUGUCGGACACCCGGCGCUCGACGACGUGGCGAUCGGAGGCGAGCCGCCGGGCACGGCGGCGGAGCGGGCGGCCGAGGCGACGGCCUUCCGGCGCGAAGUCGGCCUCUCGCCGCCAGUGAGGGCGAUGCUGCCGCUGCUGCUGCGUGGCGCGGAGAGGCUCGCCGAGCGGCGGCGGCGCGGCGAGGCGCUCUCUAGCCGCUGGGCCGGUCCGAUCGAGCUGGUCGUGCCCGCGGCACCGGGGAUGCGCGGCGAGGUCGAUCGCAUCGUGCUCGAGACUCUGGCAGCGAGAGGCACAGCGGGAGGCGGCGCGCGCUGCAGCGUGGUCGGGAGCGGGUCUCGCCGGGCUGCUUUCGGCGCCGCGGACGUCGCCAUCGCCGCUUGCGGCACCAUCAACCUCGAGCUCGCGGCGGCGGGGGUGCCGCAGGUGGCCGUCUACUCGACCAGCUGGCUGACGGGCUUCGUGAUCCGGCGCCUCCUCCGCCCUGUCCUCCGGCACGCCUCCCUCCCAAACAUCCUCGCCGGCCGCACCCUCCUCACCGAGCUCCUCUUCGAAGACUGCACGCCGUGCCGCAUCGCCGAAGAGGCAGACUUCCUCCUCGCCCGCCCCUCCCUCGCCCGCGCCGAGGCGGCUCAGAUUCGGCAGCUGGUGCUGCCUUCCCUCCGCGCCGUCGGUGACGGCGGCGAGCCGCAGCUUGCAAGCCGCGCAGCCGCGCGCGCUUUGCUCCGCCACCUGCCCGAGGCGCAGACUUGUACGUUGUAGAGACUCCGUAGUGCGUGAGGGUAGAGUAAAUAAACAAAUAAAUGGU